GUCACACUCCAGUACAACGACAACUAACUAGUUAAUUUACAGUUUACGUACAAUGCGCUAGCUGGCAUCCACAUUCGCCCCAAAAUGUGCGGUUAAACUCCCCCCGCGAACCGCAGAGCGGCGGCGAACAGUCGGACAAAGCGACCGAGACGAAACGAAGCGAGAAGAAGAAGGGCAGAUUAAACAAGUUUGCGUGGAACGGAACGGAAAAUUGCGUGAGAAGAAGAAAGCCACAGCGUCGGAUGCAAUAAUGCCAAAUGUUUAAACAAAUUCGCCCAGGCGUCGGAGACUCGAGUCCAUUUUUGUUGCGUCCGUCACCCGUGCGUGCGUGUGAGUGUGUGUCCGUGCUGUGCCGUGCCGUGCCGUGCCGUGUGUGUAGUGGCAAGUGAGAGUGUCUCGCCCCGAGUGCAAAUGAAGUUGGCCAAGCCCAAAACGAGAAUUAAUUAAAGCGACUAGCAAAGGUGCCCGGCGCGGAGGAUUAACUGCGCCCAGGGGUCAGCCCACAAAGAGCGAGAGACCAACAGACUAACCCUACCGAUCGGGGGCAGGACGGGGCCGCGGCAGGAUCCCAUCCGAAAUGAGCGAGGAGCUGAAGGUGGUGCUGCGCCGCAGCGAGCAGCAUUCCGGUUUCGGGUUUUCGCUGCUCGGAACCACCGGACCGCCACAUGUCAUCUACGACAUCGUCGAGAAUUCGCCGGCAGCCGAUUGCGGAGCGGUUGAGGCCGGGGAUGUCAUCCUCAAAGUCAACGGAACGGAUGUCCAUCGCUACACAACGAAGGAAGUUCUCAAAUGCCUGCGCCUGUCGGAACAGCUGGUGACCUUGGAGCUGAAGCGAGAUCCCAAGCUCAAGGCGCGGAUCAAAGAGCAGCUGGCCAACACGCAGAGUCCGCACUAUGUGGACAUUGAGUCGCCGAACAUCUACGACUACCACAGCAACAGCACCAACUCCUCGCCGAAUCACCGGGCCAACGCCGGCGGAAAGGGGACGGCGACGACCACGCCCUCCCAGAGCGGACUGCGCUACAAGUCGCCCACGCACUUGCCCUCGCUGCGCCAGAACUCGUCGCCCCUGCUGGCGAGUGGAUCCACCACGACCACGACCACCGCCACGCACACGCACACCCAUAGUCGCAACUCCUCGGCGAGCUCCACCAAGAUCAAGGUGGUGGAGACGAGCAUCACCACCUCGACCACGGGUAUUGUGGGUCUCGCGUCACCCACCGGCAGUGCUGGUGGUGGAGUUGGCGGGGAGGCCACCUCGCCGACCUUUCGUCCCUCACGCAUUCCACAAGCGCUGACCAAAUGUGCCGUACCCAAGCCAGUGCCCGUUCUCCAUUCGCCACAGAAUAAGCGGCCACGCCCCUCGCAGAUUCCGACGAAGGCGGCGAACGGCAACGGUAACGGCCAUACCGCCCAGCUGCCGCCACAGUCGCUGCAGCACUCGAACAGCUACAGCGGCAGUCCGGUGACCAGGCAGCGGUUCACGGACAGGGAGCAGGAGCGGGAGCCGGAACCCAACUCGGCGCCACCGCAGCCGGCGAAGGCGCCACGCUUUGAGGCUUAUAUGAUGACCGGUGACCUGAUCCUGAAUCUGUCCCGGACACCGCAAACCAGCAAUCCCCUGCCCGCCCAGGCCAAGAAGGUGGACAGCCUCCGGGAUUCGCCCAGUCGCUUAGUUAACGCGCGGAUCAAUGGUGCAUUAGCACCGCGUGCCUCCGGUGAAUCCUCGCCCACUUCCUCCUCCUCGGUGGACUCCCCCACCAACACUAGCUCGGAUUCGGUGAAGCGCGAGGCGAAGCUGCUGCGGAAACAACAACAGCAGCAGCAGCAACAACAACCUCACCAACAGCAACAGCAGCGGGACAGCAUCAACAACAGCUACAAUCGCAAGGAUUCGCUGACCAACGACACGUUGCUAAUGUGCGAGGAGCUGGAGCCGGACGAGGAGGGCGAGUAUGUCCUGGAGGAGGACAACAAGCAGCAGCGACAACGCCAACAGCAGCACCGAUACCGCCAGCAGCAAAACCAGCAACGCUACGAAUACUACCAAAACGAGGACGAGCUGGAGGAGCAGGAGGAGGUGGAGGAGGAACGCGAGGAGGAUCAAACGCACUAUGACAUCACCAACAUCGACACCUACCAGAGCGGUCUGGGCCGGGGAGACGAAGAUGACAGCGAUCGGCAGUGUCUGGUGGACGAUGACGACGAUGAUGAUGCCUACGACGACGAGGAGAAUGAUGCCGGCGACGAGGACUACUCGACCAACUCGCUGGGCUCCGGUUCGGCCAAACAGAGAUUGCGGGCGCUUAAGCAACGGACCGCAACCCGCCAGCAGCAGCGAAAUCGGGAUGCCGUCGACUGCGCCGGACGCUCCGGAUCGGGAUCUUCGUCCACCACGGUCAAGAGCGAGGCUGGCGGCCUGGGCCUGGAUGAAACCUCCUUCUCAGUGCCAACCUCUCCCAUCUCGCUGUCAACGCCGCUGAUCGACAAGGAGACGGCUAACUCGGUGCCCACCAGCCCGGAGCCCAGUUCGCUGGUCCCAGAGUUGAGCAGCGGGGCUGGCGCCGGAGCCGUCGUGGUGCGCCGACACAACGGGCAUGUGGUGCGGAAGUGCGAUGCCGCCGGUUUCCGCACCAGCAAGUCCGAGGACCAUCUGCAGCAGAUCCAGCGCGAGGGCAUCGCCGCUGUGAUACCCAUCGACAUCGAUGAGGAUGUGAAUAGCUCGCUGAACACGCUGCUGGACACGCGUCAGGACUCCGAGGACUCGCAGUCGAUGGCCACUGUAAUUGUAAACAACUCGUCACUGGCCUCGAACAACAACGAGGGCGAGCAGAACGACAACCGCAGCAGCAGCAGCAGCUCCAGCGACAACAAUAACUGCGGCAGCGGCAACACCGGCGAACCAGCGACAUCCGCAACUGCAGCAGCAAGUGCAACAAUCACGACUGCGACUGCAGCUGCAACAUCAACGAGAACGAUGAAUUGCAGCAGCAAAUUAAACUAUAUUUUAUGCAAAAAGGCUUCGGAUCGCGACCGGAUCGUGUGGACCUAUAAUGCCCCACUGCAGCCGCACCAACUGGCGGCCCUCCAGCGACAGCAGCAACUGCAAGAGCAGCAAUUCCAACAGCAACAGCAGCAACUCCAGCAGCAACAUCAGCAGCAACAUCAGCAGCAGCAGCUCCAGCAGCAGCAACAGCAGCAGCAGCAACUCUACGGUCAGCAAUCGCAUUCAAAUUCACAUUCAAGUUCCAUUAGUUCGUCGCCCCAGCACUCGGCUGUGGGCAGUCCGGCCUCGCCCACGUCGGUUUCCUCGUCGGUGAUGUCCUCGUCAGGCUCCAAGGGCGCCCUGGGCCUGGGCAGCAGCAGCAACGGUCCCAUGGCCGCCGUGCAGCAACAACAGCAGCGGGAGCAGGGCGGCCAGGUCGCGCAUCCGCCCAGCGGUAUUCCCGGCCUGCUGAGCUGCCCAGGCGGCGUGCCCGGGAACAAUGGUGGUGGUGGAGGCAUCUGUGGUGGUGGUGGCAACAACGAUCAGAGCGUCUCAGAGGCCAUUUCGAAUAUAUCUAGUCCCGACUACCAAGACGACGAUAACUUAUUAAGCUCUCGCGAUAUUCUAGGCGGCAUGGUACUUAGCGAUCCCAGUGACUCGGACUCGACCAUCCUCGUCUCGGACGCGGCCGCCCAGCAGCGCCAGCAGCUCAAGCAGCAGCUGCGCGCCCAGCAGCAACAGCAGAGGGACAGGGAGCGGGAGAGGGAUCGGGAUCGGGAACAGUCCGAGCACAAGGUGGUCAUCCAAGUGCGGGGACUGGACAGCAACAGCAGCGGUGGCGGCAACGGCCGAUCCGAGGAGGAUGUGGUCACGCUGACGGACGAGCCGCUGGGCACGAUGAACGUCGGUAUGCGGGACGCCUCGCCACCCGUUUCCGACGAUGGCAGCGAUGUGGAGUCGCUCCACUCUUAUCACUACUCGCCCAAGGCCGUGGACAUGCCCUCGGCCAUUCGCCUGGCCAAAAGACUGUACUCUCUCGACGGUUUCAAGAAGAGUGAUGUGUCGCGACACCUCAGCAAAAACAACGACUUUAGUCGAGCGGUGGCCGAUGAGUAUCUCAAGCAUUUCACCUUCGAGAAGAAGUCCCUGGACCAAGCGCUGCGUGAGUUCCUGCAGCAGUUCUCACUGUCCGGCGAAACGCAGGAACGGGAGCGGGUGCUGGUGCACUUUUCCAAGCGCUUCCUCGACUGCAAUCCCGGCACCUUCAACUCGCAGGACGCUGUGCACACGCUGACCUGUGCCAUAAUGCUGCUGAACACGGAUCUGCACGGCCAGAACAUGAAUCGCAAGAUGAGCUGUGCGGAGUUCGUCGACAACCUGGCAGAUCUCAACGAUGGCGAGAACUUUCCCAAGGAUGUGCUAAAGUCGCUUUACCAGGCCAUUAAGACCAAGCCGCUGGAGUGGGCGCUAGACGAAGAGGCGGGAGAUCUGCAGCAGCAAAGAGCCAACAAUAGUGCCCUGGGGAAUGUGGGACAGAAUCCCUUCCUCGAUCCCCCAGAAUUGGCCACUGCUGUGGAGUACAAAAAAGGCUAUGUGAUGCGUAAAUGCUGCUACGACAGCAGCUUUAAGAAAACUCCCUUUGGAAAACGCUCUUGGAAGAUGUUCUACUGCACGCUGCGUGAUCUUGUGCUGUAUUUGCAUAAGGAUGAGCACGGUUUUCGGAAAAGUCAAAUGUCCGACAAUCUGCACAAUGCAAUACGCAUACAUCACGCACUGGCCACCAAGGCCAACGACUACACCAAGAAGCAACAUGUGUUCCGUCUGCAGACGGCCGACCAGGCCGAAUAUCUGUUCCAGACCAGCGACUCCAAGGAGCUGCAGUCGUGGGUUGAGACGAUCAAUUAUGUGUGCGCCGCGAUAUCAGCGCCUCCGCUCGAGGGAGGCGUGGGCAGCCAGAAGCGGUUCCAGCGGCCACUCCUGCCCAGCAAACAGUCCAAACUGUUGCUGAAGGAGCAGUUGGAUUCGCACGAGGUGCAGUUGGCCCAGUUGGACCAGGAGCUCAACGAGCACAAGAAGGGUCCGAUUCCCAGCAAGGGCUUGGCUUUGCAGAACUACAAGGAGAAGGAGAGCUACCUGCAGUACGAACUGAGGCGCUACCGCACCUAUGUGAGCAUCCUGAGCGCCAAGAUGCUAGCUGACCAGCAGCAGCUGGAGCUGCAGGCCCAGCAGCCUGCUCCGGGGGCGCACGAGGAAGAGGCCGACACAUUCCCAGUGGGCACCACCGCCUGCCCGCCAUCCACGCCGCAAAGUAUUAACCAGAAGGAUCUGCAGAAGGAGCAGCAACAGCCAACGAACAGAGCUCCCAGGAUCUCAGUGUCGACCAAUGUGGGUUGGCGCAAGCUGUUCUGGGACUCCGUGUGCUGCGGUGUUUUGUUGUGUUGCUGGCAUUACUGUGCUGUUAUCACUGUUAUCACCUAAUCCGUUCUCUGUGUAAAUAUAUUUCGUGUGCGUUCCUUUCGUUUUGCAUUUCGCAUCCGCCUCAUAAUACGCCCGCAUCCCCACGAGUACAAGCAUUAAUUUUGAAUAGUUUUAACUACGAUACGUAUAACAAUAACUGAAUCCAGACUUAAGUGUUGCGCGUAGGCAAUUAAAACCACGAGGAGGCAGAGGGACCCCUAAUGUAAUUAGUUCUUAUGUGAAUAAUGGUUUUAUUUUGGAAGCAACCACAACCACACAACAUGCUGUGAAAACUCAAUGAACAAUUCAUAAUCGAUAACUAGGAAUUUAGAGACCCAAACGUGCGAGCGUUCGAAGGGAUUCGAAGUCAAGAUUGGAAUAGUUAACUAUAGAAAACCGUUUUUUGUAGCACUAGUAGUAAUCCAAAGUUUUGGCGUUAAAUGUAUACAAACAAAAACUAUAUUUAGAAACGAAAUUUAACGAAGAAUUGUAGAAAACACAAAUGUGGUUCAUAGUAGCAAACGUUUACGUUUAAACCUAAGCUAGAGGCAUUCUAAAUAUACAUGCAAACAACAUAAUCACCGACGAAAAAUAGCCUCAGACAUGUUUUACAAACCCGCAAACAUCCAGAAGUUAGAGAUACAAUUUUAAGUAGACAGAAUCAAUUGAAAAGCCAUCCCACACUCGCUCACGACACGACACUACACUGAUUGCGGCUACACCGCUGUACCACAUAAGACUCAUGCUAACCCGACGACAUUUGGUGACCCCGACCCCUAGGUGAAGCCAAAGCAGUUGCCGUUACUCGUUGCCCGUUGCCAUUCCGUUACCCCGUUCAAAUGCGUUGCUACGUAACACCCAAAUGCAAUGUCCCAAGUGAAAAGCAAAACCCAAAUGGAAGAAUUCUUCAAUCUUACAGAUGGUUCGAUGUCUUCUGCUGCUGUAGCCCAAUCUGGCGGCACUUGAUCCAUUCGAAAAGCCAUUAACCAACUUAGUCUCUUGCCAAGAUUUAGCGUCAGCCACAGCACAGUCCACGAAGCACCGCGCCAGAGGCUAGUGAUCCGCUCCAAGAGCUCCAGGUGCUCCUUGUAAAUGCCCCGACCCGUACCGAGCGCCUGUCUUAAAUAAAAGAGAAGAAAAAGAAAUAAUUAAGUUUUAUUUCGCUCUUGAUUUCGAUCAUUUCAAACUCGCAUACCAACACACACACCUCCACCACAGUCCCCGCCUUCUGGCCAUCGAGCAGCAGGCGAUCGAAUGAAUGAAUUUGAAUAGAAUACUCCGAAAUGCCGGGCUGCCUCCGCCGGGAACACAGACAGAUCAAACUCACAGAACCACUGAACCACUCACCCACUCGCACACUCUGCACCACUCACGCCACCACCCACUUACACUCAAGCGUUGCGGCUGUGCCGUGCCUGCCACAGAAGAAAUUCGGAAUUUGUGCACUUUCAAUUAGUUGAGACCCCAGGAGGGGGGCUAAAUGGGAGAUCAUUUGAGACAAUUAGACUACCAACACGAUAAUUAACGAGGGAAAGUUUUACGUUUGAAGGUCGUUCAUCAGAAGCUAUCGGCAGCAUCUCGAAUUCGAGCAUUUGAUACCAUAAGUACGGAGCUACUUAUCCAAAAGCGGGUACUCGAAAUCGGUCUCACCUGAGUUGAAGAUAUACAACUAUUCGAUUCCAAUUUGAAUUUGAAUUAUCGUUCAUGUCUGCUUCGCCAAAGAUUCUGCUGGACGGCUGCUUAGGAGCGAGAAUGAAUACUGCUUAUACACAUAGACUUAUUAUUACAAGAGUUGAUAAACAAUACUUACAUCAUUACCUAUGCUAUCAUUAUAAAUGAUAAAAAUAAAUUAUAAAUUAUUGAACAAUAUCUCUACACAACUAGAAGAUGGAGAACAUCGGCCGUAACAAUAAAACACAAUGAGAACCAGGACAAGAGCAUUAGCAUUAAGCCUAAGCAAUUACUACCAUACCAUGUACGACUUGUUUUUGGUCUUUGCGAUACAUUAUCACAUUAUCUGUGUAGGUACACUUACUCUAAUAUUAUGUACGGAUUAAAAUAUUUAUUUAAACACUUAUCGGUUGAUUACGCGACAUGUCCAUGUAGCUAGAAUAUGAAAUUGAUAUCGAUUACGGGGUAGAGAGAGAAGAGGAAUCAAUAAAUUUAAAUGCAUCAUAUAUUUUUGAACAUAUUAUCAUUAUUGUAUUGUGUAAUUAUGUAAAUGCAGAUUAUAUAACAUUGUUUAUAAUAAUUUUUAACAAUUCUACUGAAACGGCAAUAAAUUCGAGAAAACACUAACUGAAAAGCGAAAGUGAAAGCAACUUGCCUGCAAACCAAGCGCCUAAAUGUACGCAUAUUGUAUAUUUAUUUAGUCACACAUUUUAACUGGCUUACGAGGGCAUCACUUAGUUUUUAAAGCAAUACCCUUUUGAUACCGAUUCACAAGAGCAUUCAGUUAAGAGAACUUGCGAACAAAUGGCGAAGAGGGAAACAGGAUGUCGAACGCGGAGACGGUGAUUUUUAUGUGAACAUUUAUUACUAACUGAUAAGCUUUGAGUAAACUUAGGAAAGCCGUUAUACUAUGCAUAUACACGUAUACAUAUAUGAACAAUAUAUAGUGUAUCUAUGAAUGCUCAUGUGAGCAACCAAACAAUUACGAUAUGAAUCAUUAAAUACUUCCGAAAGCAUUAA